AUGGCUGUUUGGGAGACUUUGGAGCCGACUAAGCCCCACGUCGCUUAUGCUAUCGUGGGUAUUUUUUCUAUCCUGUUUUCUUUGGUGUCUUUGUUUAUCAAGGAGAAAUUAUAUAUAGGUGAGUCGACAUUAGCAGCAAUAUACGGGUUGAUUGUUGGACCACACUGUUUGAAAUGGUUCAGUCCGACAACAUGGGGGAACACAGACUCGAUCACUCUGGAAAUUACUCGUAUUGUCCUAUGUCUACAAAUUUUUGCUGUCGCCGUCGAACUGCCAAGAAAAUAUAUGCUGAAACAUUGGAGAUCGAUCACUAUGCUAUUACUGCCGGUCAUGACAGCUGGUUGGUUGAUAAUCGGUUUAUUCAUAUGGAUUAUCAUACCGGGACUUAAUUUCCCUGCAGGCCUACUGGUAUCCGCUUGCAUCACUGCAACAGAUCCUAUCUUGGCCCAAUCUGUGGUGUCAGGUAAAUUCGCUCAGAGAGUGCCUGGCCAUUUGAGAAACUUAUUAUCUGCAGAAUCUGGUUGUAAUGAUGGCAUGGCAUUUCCCUUCAUUUUCUUAUCUUUGAAUUUGAUUCUGCAUCCAGGAGAAGGUGGAGAAAUUGUCAAAAAUUGGAUCUGUAUCACAAUUCUAUACGAAUGUGUCUUCGGGUGCAUCUUAGGUACUUUCAUUGGUUACGUUGGAAGAAGAGCAAUUAGAUUCGGCAAAGAAAAGAACCUUGUCGAUCGUGAGUCUUUCCUAGCUUUCUACAUUUUCCUAUCAUUCUGCUGUGCAGGUUUUGGUUCAACACUAGGUGUUGAUGAUCUAUUGGUUUCUUUUGCUGCAGGUACAGCAUUUGCAUGGGAUGGUUGGUUCACUGACGCUACUGCAGAGAGUAAGAUUUCCACAGUCAUCGAAGUCUUAUUGAAUUACUCAUAUUUCAUUUAUUUCGGUGCAAUCAUUCCAUGGGAACAGUUCAACAAUGGGGAAAUUGGUACUGAAGUAUGGAGAUUGAUAAUUUUAGCAAUUAUUGUUCUUUUCUUACGUAGAAUCCCAGCUGUUGUCGUCCUAACAAAACUUAUUCCAGAUAUAAAAACAUGGAGAGAGGCUCUAUUCGUAGGUCAUUUUGGCCCGAUCGGUGUCGGUGCUAUUUUUGCAGCUAUUUUAGCAAGAUCGGAGUUGGAAUCAUCUGUCAGUGAUGAAGAGACUCCAUUGAGACAAAUCCCUCCAAAAGGUACGAAACAUUGGCAAUUGAUAUCCUGUGUCUGGCCAAUCACAUGCUUCUUUGUUGUUACCUCAAUAUUAGUGCACGGUUCCUCUGUUGCUUUAAUAACAUUAAGUCGUCAUUUGAACACAAUUACCUUGACAAAAUCUUUCAGCACUCACACAACCUUUGGUGGAAAAGCAUCAUGGAUGAGCAGAUUACCGCAAUUAGAAAACUCAGGUCGUUCCUUCUCAUUACAACGUGUUGAUACUGAUGCUCCAGAAAAAUCUGGAAAAAUGUCAGAAAUGUCAAGAUCAAGCACUGUCGAAACAAGUGGUAUACCUGUAAGGCAUGCCGGUGGUAUGAGAAGAUUGAACAAAGACCAACGGAAACAUAAACAUAUAAAGAAGAAAAGAGAAAACUUCUUUUCCAAGCAUCAUAAACAUUUUCCUGAUGAUGAAUUAAACGAUUUAGGAAGAGAAAGAUUACAGUUAGAAAAAGAAGCCGCUGCUGGUACAUUUGCAUUAGGUGGUAUACGUAACCACGCUCCACCAUCUCCAGUUAAAGGUGAAACCGUUGAAUCUACACCUUCAGAAGAAAAUGAGAAAAGCUACGAGAGCCAAAUCGACAACGGAGAUAAAAGCAGUCAUACAAAUAGCUAUCAAAAUAGUUCUUCUGUCCGCGAUUAUGAAGAGAAGUUCGACCAAGAUGAAGAUUAUCAAAUUAAGCCAAUCAGAAUCGAAGGCAUCGAUGAUCAGACCUCCCAAUCUACUGAUGAGAGGGUGGCACAAUUAUCUCAAGUCGAAUGUAAACCUGUCACCGCCUAUGUCGACGAAGAUAAUGUUAUUAUUGAAAAUAGAGAAGGUGAAGUUCUUGACCAUAUUAGCUUGGCAAGAUCUCCAGAUGAUGAAGAAGCUAUUAAAAACUACCAUGGCAACGAGCAGACUUCCAUAUAUAGUAACCAGAAUCUAAACAAAUUAACCAGAAUUGUUUCAAAUGCAUCAAGUAAAAGUUUUGGAGCUAUAAAGACUGCAUUUUCCCCACCUCCACCGGAUGAGAAACGUAAUGAUAAUAAUAAAUCCCGUUAUUAUGCAUAUAAGGUCGGUGAUAUAGUUAUGAUAGAAAAUGCAGAUGGUGAAGUGUUAAGAAGAUACAGAAUCAAAACCAAAACUGAUAGUAGUGGUCAAAAUGAAAACGUUUUGCAUAAAACUUUGUCUAAAUUAGGUUUGAAAAACCGUAGAGAAGCCAUCUCAGAUCAAAAUUUGAAUAAGGAACAAAAUGACAUUGCGCAUAGCGAGGAUCCGUUUACAAAGAAGAUGAGAAGAAACUUAACACCCGCUCCCAAGAAUGUCUCAAUUUCAAGAGAAGGUUCAUUAAUUGAUGAAGAUUUGGAAGAGACUUCCAUCGAGGAGCCAGAUUUACAAAAUUUUGAUACACAAUCAUACAAUGGUAGUGGUUACGAAAUGAGUAUCAAUGGUGAAGCAAAUGAUCACAACCACAGUAGCGAUGAUAAUGAUGACUCAUAUUCAAGUGGAGAAGAAUCUGAAACAUCUAUCCAAAAGAUUAGACGUUUAGCUGCAUUAGGUGCUGUUGAAGACAAUGGUUCUAAUAAUAAUGAAAAAUAA